CACCACAAGGCGGGAGGUUUAGAGCGGUGGGUGAAAAGGAGAAUAUCACAUCGUUGUGUCUACAAAGCGUACUAUGGAUAUGAAACUCGGAUUACUACAAUUUGAAAAUCGGCCGACUGAGAUAGAAGCACUAGCUCAGAGAAGGAAAGUUUUAAAGAACAACACAGGCCCUCCAGAGCGUCGCAGCACAAUCAGCACAAGUACAAUGCUGCCUAACAACUUCAACAACCUGCGCAUGCGAAAUCUAUCUGGCGGCAGUAGCGGUAGCGCCACCAGUGGCAGCAGCUCCAACUCAGCAGAUCAGUAUUCACAGAUGUUCCUGUCAGAGCUCCCAUUCAACAGUGGUUCCUCUACCGUCCCUGCCAUUCGCAAUGCCGGCAGCAACUGCAGUUCCAGUUUGUCUCACAAGAAGCUUGACCGUAGCUGGAGUGAUAAUGACAAUGAUCGCAACGGUUCACAUCGUUCAGUGAACUCGAGCAGGUACAAAACAGAACUGUGCAGGCCAUUUGAGGAGAGCGGCUCCUGUAAAUACGGUGAUAAGUGCCAGUUUGCCCACGGUUACCACGAACUGAGGAAUCUUGCCAGGCACCCAAAGUACAAGACCGAACUCUGCCGUACUUUCCACACAGUUGGUUUUUGUCCAUAUGGUCCCAGGUGUCAUUUCAUCCAUGAGGAGGAAACAAAGCCAGGUGAUGCCUCUCCUAAACUUGCCAGGUCUGGAAGUGUCCAGUCAUCCAGUGGUAGCAGCAGCCCAUCCUUAAGUCCUUCUGGUAGCGACGACAGUGUGUUCAACUACCAACAGGACACCAGCCCCCCUAUGACGAUUGUGAGCGUUGACAACCGUCAUUUCAACCCCCUCACUGUCAACACAAACAGCAACAACAGCAGCAAUUUUGAUCUUCAAGCUUUGAGCAAGCAGUUCAGCCAGAUUAAUAUGAAUCGCAACAACUGCAUGGAUGUAUUCACCACCAACAACAACAAAGAGCCCAAGAUCAUAGGUUCGGAGGAGCACGACAUCUUCAGUGAGAUUACAGUCUUCAGCGCAGAAGAGCUCGACAACGCCCCCAAGCCUACAACCUCAUGUGCCAUUCAGUCUAUGAGAUUGGACAACUAUCCUACACUAGUGGAUAGCCCAUCUUUCUGGCAGGACAGCCUGUUCUCUCAGUUUAGGCCUGUGGAUGCAUUCCACCAUUCACCAACAGGUUCUGAUGGUAGCAGUAGCAGCAGCAGCGGAAGUGAGUGUGGUGGCAGCACAGAAAGCCUAAUCAAUUCAUUCACAGAGUGGAGGUGCUCUGUUGCGAUUGGGCAGUAUUGAACUUUUUAAAAGACGUACGAGAGGUUUUUAAAAAUUUUGUAUAUUGUUUAUUAUGUGCUUGAAUGUGUUUGUAUGUUAAUUUAUGCAGCAGUGUGUGAGGGGAGGGGGACUACCUGUACAUAAUUUUGUGAUGGUUGUUUUGUGUGAAAGGAAUUUGCGCUGUGACUUCAAUACAUAGCAACCUUUGGACUUAUGUGAUGUAACUGUGUUUUUUCUCUUAAGAUUUUUAAUUAUGGAAAUAAUGAGUGAAUGGCAUUUUACAUUUUUGAAGAUACAUAUUUUUGAUACGAAAAUUUGCAAUAAAUGUGUAUUUUUCUCCUGAAAUGUUGAUGCCUAAAUUGGGUGUAGAUCUGAGUGCAUGCCCUUCAGUUUGUGAUGUUUUUUUUUUUUUUCAACAAUUGAAUCAUUUUAUGGCAUUUAACCAAUGUGAAAAACUCCACAAUAGUGUUCAUACUUAACAUUUAACAUUAAAAAAACAAUUUUUUAAAUCUUGAAAAAAAAAAUAGAUGCAGAUCAUCCAUGCACAGCAGUACUUUAAAAAAAUAUUUAGCACCAUCAGUAUAUUUUUGUCUGCAAAACUCAUUACAAGCUGUCAAAAAACAUAAGGGGUGUAUUAUGCAUAAUUAUGAAUCUGUUCAAAAUAUUGCCCUCAGAUUGUAAAUUCAUACAUUAAUUUAUUUUUGCCAUUGCUAAUUGCAUUAUGGCGACCAGCAAAGUAUUUUAUCAGGAAUAUGUGUGUAAAGCUUAACUUAUAAAGAGAAGAUUGAUGGCCCAUUUGUUUACCAGGCCUGGGGAUUGUAUAGUUCAGCCCACAGCUGAAUCUAGUUCAAGGUUAAACAUAACAUACUAGGGGAGACAAGUCAGGCAGGUGUUGUCUCAGGGCUUACUUGAUAUGGUAAAUGAAGAAAAAAAAACAUAAUUUUCACAAGUAUUUCAAUACAAAUUUUUUUUUUAAUUACACUUAAAUUGUCAAUUUCAUAUUUUUACUAAAAGUUUAAUUAUCUGUGAAAUGUGAAUCUGAUGUAUUUAAUUUAUUGCUAUAUUAGAUACCCUUGGUGCUUUCAUUGUUAACUCUUGAUAAUUGAAAUCACUGAAGUUGGGUAAUUUUUCACUUGCGGACCAAUUAUUUUCCCCAAAAAAACAUUUUGUGGUUGACCAUUGACUUAUUCCAGGUCGUUCAUUCAAGUAUUAUCACUUUCACACUGUGCUGCAUGUAUAAUGGAUGUUCACCAGAGUUGUGUGUCCUGUCUAUUUCUAAGCCUGAUUUCGAUGGAAUCUUUAGCGGGAAUUCAGUUUUCCCCCCGAUGGUGCCUUUCCGAAAGAUGCCUUAGUGGUGUUUUUUUACAUGCGAAUUAUUUUGCAUGUUUUUUGUGUUUGAUGAGUGGAUGUGUAAAAUAAAAUCUAUUUGAAUAAUUACUGGUUCCCCCUCCCAUUUCUCAUGAAAAUUUACAUUGUCAUUAUUAUGCUAUGCACUUAAAAGAUUUCUAUUGAUUUUAGUUAUUUUGUAGCUGAUUAACUUCAAUCAACUUUAUGUUGAACAUUGAAUUAAUUUUUGUUUAGAUGGCUGAUGUAUAAUACAGAAAAAACUGUUACCAAAAGUAUCUGUAAUCUAUUAAUCAUAUCUUUAUUUAUAAUUUUUCUGUGGUUUGAUUCCUUGCUUUAGCACAAUUAUUGUAUUUAAAAAAAUAAUAAUUUGUUUUUGAAACAAAAAUUACUUUAAAAAUAUUUUAAAGAAAUGUCAUGUCUUAUUUAUAGAUUAUUUAUUUCACUUUUUUGUUUUUACUUUUAAGUUAUACUCCCCCCCUCCAGUGUAUUUUGUGUGACACUAUUUAUAGGUUUUAUUUGCAAAAUCAUUGUAACAAGCUUAUUUUAUCUUCUCACUUGUACAGUUAUAAUUUAUUAAAACAUUUCAAAAUUUUAAGUAAUUUUGAGAACAAAGUAUGUUCGCUUGAAUUUUUACAGCUAGUGGUUCUGAAAAUCUUUCUCACACUGUGACCUUGGAUUAAUUAGUCUGAAGGCAGCUAUUUUUUUCCCCCUUCACUCAUAUCUUUUAAUCCCCUUGAGUUAAAUUCUGUAAGUGUUCAUUGUUACAUUUUUAAUUAAUUUGUUCAGUUUUUAAGUUUUUAAAUCUUAAGCAAGCAGCUAUUUUUUUCCUUUUGAUUCAUAUUGUCUUUAUCCUGUCCCCUUCUGUAAUUUUAGUGACACGCAUGAGCUACAUAAAGUCUUUACUUUUAGCUUUUUCAACCUUUUUAAGAAUGAAUUUUUCUCACCGGGAUCAUUUUACCAACAAAUUUGUUAGGACUAGUUUCUUUUCCUUUACUAUAUUUUUUCUCUCUUCUAAAUAAUGUCCUUGGCACAAACUCAAAAUCAAUUCUUUGCAUUCUGCACUAGACUUAACAGAUAAGUUUCCCCCCCCCAUUUGCCAUUUAAGUAGGUCAGUAGGUCAUCAACAGCUAAGUUAGGGGCUGAUUACUCUGCUCCUACAGUCCCUUACCUAUUCAGUUUGUGUUUUAUAUUUGGCAUUUAUCUUAUCACAACACAUUUUACUACCUUCCACACACAUGUGUUGCAGUUAAUAUUCAUAACUUUGGCAUUUUGCAACAUUAAACUUUUUUUUUUUUAACCAUAGACAUUUAACAUUAUUUAUUCUGGUAGCUUCUAGACUGGACAACAUCCAUAUUUCAUGUGUACAAUAACCAUUGAUGUAUUUAAUUUUUUAAUAUUGCUUUUAGACAGAAAAAAAUACAUUUUAACAAAUACAAGACAUUUGAUUUGAUCAAUUUUAUGUUAAAGCUAAAUAUAGAGCAAUUCACACAGGCUUAUUCUUGUGUCAAAGGUUUUGAUAUUUUUAACUGAAAUUUUUUUUUACUAAAAAAUUAAGGGGACAUUAGUGGAAAGGGUGGGGCUGUAAUGACCUUUGACACAUGUAUGGCCAUGGUUUCCUUGUGAUGCAGGUCAGCACUUAGUUUUUCUAUUUUCUUCUCCUCUGGAGUCCAAUUUUCAUUGUAUAGGUGUUUUUCUCUCCAUCUUCUAGAUUCUAUAACUUAUUGAUUAAAUUUUUAUACUUGUAUUGUAUAUCAUGAUUUUUUUUUUUUGUCUUGUGUUCUUGUGCAAGGGGUCCAGGAAAUAUUGUCUUUCUUUCUGUGCAGCCUUGUCGAAUUUGUGCAGUACAUUUUGUACACCAAUACAGAACUUCAUUUGAAGUUUUUUAACACAAUCAUAUUUUUUUUUGUUUUUAAGUUUUGCGUGCAAGGUAUGAGAGAUGUGUGCAUGAUGGUGAAUGUAGUGGUUGUUCGAGCUCUGGAUUCCUUCUGAAACCAUCAAAUGAUAUAUUAUUAUUAUUACACACAUGUGCACAAUGGACCUCUUGAGAUUUUAACUGGCAUAGAGAUUUUUAUUAUUAACCAAAGCAGCAAUUUAAAAAAAAUACUUGUGUACUCUGUGUUUUUGCCAUGUACUAAUAAAAUUGCAAUAUUUUGUGAAAUUACA